ACGUGAAGGUCUUGAGGGUCUGUGGUGAACAGGUUGAAUUUGCAUGGUUUACAAAUGCGUAGUGAAAACUGUUUUGCAGUUCCGAGAUAUAAAUCUGUAGAUUAUGUUUACCGUUUGUAGGAUGUAACUCUGUGCAGUCCGGUAGCCUCUUAACGACGUUUGGAAGCAAGAGGUUCGCUCAAAAUGAGUGAACCAACUGUCCUCAAAACUUGAGCAACAGUCUCUCAGACUGCACAAUGGUUAAUAAGAUACCAAGCUUUAUAGUCUCUGCUGUGAGAACAAAGAAAUCCACAAUAAUAUGUGUUUGUACACAAUCAUUAGUAUGUUUUCUUACAGACUUGGACAAAUAUUUACGUCUAGGUACAGGAAUGGUAAUAAUUCUGCCAAACAGAGCUGAACAGAUAUUUCCUGCUGUGAGAGAGAGAAUGAACUGUACAAAUUCAGAGAAUGUUUUAGUGGGUCCAUGUGGUGAGACAUACCCAGCAAGUCAUGAUGCAAACCAGGCCAUGAAUAUAAAAGCUGAGAAAGUCUCAGACUCAGAAGAGGAAGUGGAUCCUUUGAAAAUAACAGUUCAGGAUAUAAAGGCUGAACCUGAGAGCACUUCAAAUGAACUACAACCUGUACAUCGUGAGGACCGACGAUAUUCCUGUGUUGAGUGUGGUGAUUCAUUCAGUCAAGAGCGAAUUCUGGAAGCACAUCAACUCAUACACAGUUGUGGGCACCCAUUUUGUUGCAGUGUAUGUACUAAGUCAUUAAGUGAUCAGAGUACACUGAAGACACAUCAGCGUAUACAUACUGGGGAGCAGCCAUUCAGGUGUAAUUUAUGUAAUAAGUCAUUCAGUGAUCAGAGUACACUGAAGACACAUCAGUGCAUACAUACUGGGCAGUGGCCAUUGUUCUGUGAUGUGUGUAAUAAGUCAUUCAGUAAUCAGAGUACACUGAAGACACAUCAGCGGAUACAUACUGGUGAGCAGCCAUUCAGGUGUAAUUUAUGUAAUAAGUCAUUCAGUUUUCAGAGUCGUCUGAAGAGCCAUCAGCGCAGACAUACUGGGGAGCAGCCAUUCUGCUGUGUUGUGUGUAAUAAGUCAUUCAGUGAUCCGAGUACACUGAAGACACAUCAGCGUUUACAUACUGGGGAGCAGCCAUUCAGGUGUAAUUUAUGUAAUAAGUCAUUCAGUUUUCAGAGUCAUCUGAGGACACAUCAGCGCAGACAUACUGGCAAGCGGCCAUUCUGCUGUGAUAUGUGUAAUAAGUCAUUCAGUGAUCAGGGUACACUGAAGACACAUCAGCGCAUACAUACUGGGGAGCGGCCAUUUAGAUGUGAUGUGUGUAAUAAGUCAUUCAGUAAUCAGAGUACACUGAAGACACAUCAGCGUAUACAUACUGAGGAGCGGCCAUUCGGGUGUAAUUUAUGUAGUAAGUCAUUCAGGUGUCUCAGUAAUCUGAAGACGCAUCAGCGCAUACAUACUGGCAAGCGGCCAUUCUGCUGUGAUGUGUGUAAUAAGUCAUUCAGUGAACAGGGUACACUGAAGACACAUCAGCGCAUACAUACUGGGGAGCGGCCAUUUAGAUGUGAUGUAUGUAGUAAGUCAUUCCGUGUUCAGGGUCAUCUGAUGACACAUAAGCGCAUACAUACUGGUGAGCGGCCAUUCUGCUGUGAUGUGUGUAAUAAGUCAUUCAGUCAACAGGGUACACUGAAGACACAUCAGCGCAUACAUACUGGGGAGCGGCCAUUUAGAUGUGAUGUGUGUAAUAAGUCGUUCAAUUGUCAGAGUCAUCUGAAGACACAUCAGCGCAUACAGAGUGCGGAGCGGCCAUUUAGAUGUGAUGUAUGUAGUAAGUCAUUCAGUGUUCAGAGUACACUGAAGAGACAUCAGCACAUACAUACUGGGGAGCAGCCAUUUAGAUGUGAUGUAUGUAGUAAGUCAUUCCGUGUUCAGAGUCAUCUGAUGACACAUCAGCGCAUACAUACUGGGGACCGGCCAUUCUGCUGUGAUGUGUGUAAUAAGUCAUUCAAUUGUCAGAGUUAUCUGAAGAUACAUCAGCGCAUACAUAGUGGGGAGCGGCCAUUUAGAUGUGAUGUAUGUAGUAACUCAUUCAGUGUUCUGAGUACACUGAAGAGACAUCAGCGCAUACAUACUGGGGAGCGGCCGUUUAGAUGUGAUGUAUGUAGUAACUCAUUCAGUGUUCUGAGUACACUGAAGAGACAUCAGCGCAUACAUACUGGGGAGCGGCCGUUUAGAUGUGAUGUAUGUAGUAACUCAUUCAGUGUUCUGAGUACACUGAAGAGACAUCAGCGCAUACAUACUGGGGACCGGCCAUUUAGAUGUGAUGUGUGUAAUAAGUCAUUCAGAGAUCAGAGUACACUGAAGACACAUCAGCAUAUACAUACUGGGGAGCAGCCAUUCAGGUGAAAUUUAUAUAAUAAGUCAUUCAGUUGGCACAGUAAUCUGAAGACUCAUCAGCGCAUACAUACAGGGGACUCACAAUUUUUCUGUGAUGUGUGCAGUGUGUCAUUCAUUCAUCUGAAGACACAUCAGCAUAUACAUAUUGGGGAGCAGCCAUUUAUAUGUGAUGUUUCUAAUAAGCCAUUCAGCAUGCAAAGGCAUCUGACGGCACAUCAACGCAUACAUUUCCGAAUUCCAUAUUGAGGGGGUGGGUUUGCCCAUGCACUUAGACCGGUUAGUGGUCC